AUGUAUUUCCAAGCCGUUAUCCACUUAUUGUGCUGGAUACCAUCUCCUUGCAAAUGCCCCAACAGCAUUUCACCAAUCAGCCCCUCCUUCAUAUCCGAUACUUGUUUUUCUGUUCUGUCGUCUUCGGCGUUUAUUUGUGUCUAUGGUUGGUCUCGGUUUCUACCGACGCUCGUGUCCCCCAUUUCCCGUCCAAGUCCUCCACCCAACCCAAAUAUAAAGCGCCAAUGUCUCCCGGUUUAUUCCAGCUCCUUUCCCAGAGGUAGCUUCGCCUUCCCUCAGACUUUUUUUCACACAACUGCCCACUUGAUCCCCGGUUACGAGCUACGGGCUACGGGCUACGGGCCAAGUUUGCUCCCGAGUCCGUCCUCACACUCACGGACUGAUCAUGUGAAUAAACGAGGCCUGCCACAGUCUGCUCUCAAGUCGAGUUGGCAGGGUGAACUCACAGACGGGAAAGAUGAAGUCGGGCAAGAGGAGCAGAGCCGAGAGAGAACUGCUCAAGGCAGCCAGAAUCAAUCCACAGAAAGUCUAUUUUUUACAGUUAAAUGACAGCCUCAACCGACCCUAGGCAUCACUGUGCUCUUCAAGGCGCCCAUUGGUAUUCAUAUCUAUGUUUUUGCCGAUACCUACUCGUUUGCCCAGCCCAUUCGGUCUCCGCCCAUCUUUUUGCCCCAACCCACGUCCUUCCCCUGUGGCCCAGCAAAUUGCUGUAACUUUAUGCUUGAAUGUCCGUGUAUUUAG